AUGACUGCCUUGAGCCUUGAGGGGGGCUUCGAUUUCAAUAUCCAAGUCAACCACAAUGAAUACCUUCCCGAUCCGAAUCAUCAUACCCAGACCCGUGCUGUCUCUGACAAGCCUCCACCGCGGAAAAGGAGGAGGAUAUGUGACCGCAAACUCCCUUGCACAAACUGCAUCGCCCGCCAUAAAGAAGACGAUUGCCAAUAUGACUCUGGAGCACCCACCGCCAAAGAACAACAGCGACACCAGCAGCCAAAGCGAGCACGACGGACCAGCUCCAAUGUGACUGGGAUAGUAACUCCCGGAACCGGGCCCGAUGAGACUAUGGGUAGCAUGACGAAGGGACAUUGGCCCCAAGAAUCAUCCCCUGAUGAUAACGACCACCAAAUCCUCCCCUCCAACGUCUCCAACGUCACCAACCUCGGCUACUCAACCACCGGCGCCUCAACCUCCACCCUCGGCUUCCUCCACAAAAUCGAAAGCCACUCCAAGUCAUCCUCAUUACCUCAAUCACCCUCCACACUACCACCAUCUAACGGGAAUGGCCGAGCAUCAACAGCGCCAACCGACAUUGUCAACCGCUACAAGUCCCUCAUUCGCCAGCUGCCGGCAAGGGUCUACGUCGAGAAGCUGGUAGACACCUACUUCCGCGACUUUAACUGGCAGUAUAGCAUGCUUGACCGGGACAUUUUCGACAAGCAGCUGGAGGAGUGGUACAAGGUGCCGUUUGGAGUGCUCAGUAAUGGGGGCCCAGGAGCGAUACCGCCGGAUUUGAGAGUUUUUUCGGCAGUGCUGUUUCAGGUGGUAAGUAUCGGGAUGUUAGUUUUGCCUGAGAAGACUGCUAAGGGGAAUCGGGAGGAGGUGAUAACGGAUGGUAGGGAUGGGGAGGGCGGUGGAAGGGAAGAAGAAAAAUCAGGGAGCAAGGGGCCGAGAACGGGAAGAGACAAGGAGGAUGUCGAUUUUGAGGCUCUCAAGUACGCUGGAAACAUGACGUUCGAGGACCUAGCGACCGAGUAUAGCGAGUCUGGUGUGGCUAUUGUGUCACUCUUGGGCAAAAGGCAAAUGACGCUGACGACAGUUUUGGCUGGGUUCGUGAGGGCUUCAUUUCUGAAGUUUGUCGGAAUGGUCCCUGAAGCUUGGCACGCAAUAGGCACCGCCAUCCGUGACGCCCAAGAACUCGGCCUCCAUCGUCCCUCCCUCGACCCCCGUCCUCCCCCCUCCGCCACCGCCGACGCCAUCCUCCAAAACCAAUGGGAAAUCCAACGCCGCCGCACAGUCUGGCUCAACCUCGUAACCUGGGACAUCCACUGCGGCGCCACGCUCGGCCGGCCCUCCACCAUUGACCUAACCACCAACCCUCCUAUCCUCCCCAUAGACGUCGCCCUUCCCAUCACCACCUUGGCCAACUCCCGCUCCCCAACACCCAUCAUCCCCCGCUCCGAAGACGACCCCCCAACGCCCCUAACUCGUAUCCUCUGGGCCUGCAAAAUCACCCUCCAACUCGUCUCCAUCCUGGCCCUAGAGAAAGAAGGUCCCUGCCCGGCUUCCUUCUCCAAAGUUGAUCUCCUCCAUCAGCACUUACUGGACCUCGAAGACUCCAUCCCUUCCUACUUCCGCUUACACAACCCCGACACCCGCUUCGAUUCCCUACCAGAAUGCUACUGGAUCCCCUGGGCGCGCGCCCUCUUGCCGCAACUAACAGCCUUCAACUUCAUGGCUUUACACCGCCCUUACAUCUUCACUCGACCGGAAAGUCGUCGGUUAGCGGUGGAAAAGGGGUGUUUGGGCAUGUUGAGAGCUCAACGAACACACUUUGAGAUGUUGAGAAAAGAAAUGAGGCAAAAGACGUUUGCUCUCUUCUUCGGGACGUUUGAUGCUAUCGUUUUGAUGGGGGCCGUGUAUAUCCUGUUUCCUAGGGAACAGGGGACGAAGAGAUUGGUGGGAGAGGUGAUGCAGCAGUUCAAGUGGGCGGAGGAGCGGUUUGAGGAGAUGAGGGAACGGAAUCCGUUGGCAAGGCAGGCGAGGGGGGUGGUGAGGGGGGUGGGGGAGAGACUGGGGAGGGCGGUGGGUGUUGAGUUGGGGGGUGGUGGGAAGGAGGGUUGUUUGGCAUCGGGGGGAGCGGAAGGGGUUGGUAAGACUCCUGCUGUCGCUGUUGGUGGGAGAGAAAGGAGACUGCCGAGGCAAAAGAGACUUAUCAAGCCGGUUACCGAUACUCAGAAUGGGCUUUCGCCGGCUCUUUCAACAUCAGUGCCACCAGGAACCGCGUCCAGGGGUACAGGAAACUCGAGUACCACGCCUGCCACCGCUACAUCGUCAACAACGGAGUUUCCAACUCCCGAGUCUAGCGCACCUUCUUCUCUCGCACAGGGGCAGUUCGGUGCAGCAACAUCCGAUAUCAACAACAACAACAACAUCACCAACAACAACAUCACCAACAACAACAUCACCAACACAGCCUUCGAUGCCUCUUCUACCUUCCCAUUUGACAACAAUACCUCGUGCAUUCCCAUCGACCCGAGUCUCAAUCCAGUUCCAGCCCCAGUUCUGUCCCUGGGAGCCGCAGAUUGGGCCGCCGCUCCCACUCUGUCCGCCUCCAUGUCCCUCCCGUCCCUCCCCUCCCUCCCCGAGGACUUCAGCUGGACCAACAUCUCCCCCAUCUACGCGACAGGCGACCUAGUCUACAACGAUCUCACGGGUUUUGUGUAUGACGGUUUUGAGUCUGCCGUGCAUGAUGACGGUAAUCACUUGGUACAGAAUGGUGGUGGCGGUGGUUGUGGGGAUGGGAAUGAAGUCGGACUCGGAUCAGGAGCGGGGCUGGUGAUAGAUACGGAUGCAAACAUGGGCGCAGAAGAUGCAGAAAGUGGUGGCAUGGUUGAGAUGAUGGGACUGAAUCAUGAUAAUAACGUUGGUGAUAGACAAAGUCAAAGUGAGGCGUUGUGGAUGUUUGAUGGGCGGGGGAUCGGGGAGGGGACAUGUGUUUGGGGGUUGCUGAAUCGGUAUUAAGGAAUUGCUUCCGUAGAGCGAGCGAGGAACUCGGAUAUAUCAUGAUCACAUCACCAUGAAGAGCGUGGGACUCAGCACCAUUUUUUGUUCUUUUCUCUCUAUCUCGAUUGAUUACGGCUAUGUAAAGCUCUGCUCUCUGUAUUUAAAAAAAAAAAAAGAGUCUGAAGAGCUGUGUUACUAGCAACCUAAGCCAUGUGAGCGACGUAGUGGAUAAAUCGCAAAGACCUUAUUUCUGUUCCGAUCGCAAGAACCACAUUUCUGUUCUCAUUCCCAUUCCCAUUCCGUUCCCAUUUCCAUUCUCUCAUAAUUCCGUGCUGCAUGGAUAUCCUUCCACCUCUGCUCAAGUCCCAGGCAAU